CAAAACUUGACGUCACGGCUCCGUCGCCGCGGAAAAUUAAAAAAAAAAGUAGUAGAAAAAAUCCAGGUUUCAACUGCCAUUUCCCGCUGUUUAACGUUAUUUUCAAUUAGUCUUUCGACGGGAAAAAAGCCGAAUUGGCAGCACCUGGACCGCCGCGACGAUCGCACUUCCAAACGCGACGCGACGCCGGAUCGAUCGAUCGCAGCUAUAUUUUAAUACCCGAUUUCGAUACCCAAAAAAACCGACUCUGAUUUUUUUUCCUGUUGCCGAAGAUCAGUGUGAGAAGCAUAAAAAAGAAAAGUGAAUGAAAAACAGGUGCUAAAAGUGAGAUAGUGUCUCAGGAUCACUUGGAUCUUUUGGAGUAGCCGCAAAACAAAAAAAUAAAAAACCCACGAAAACAUGAAGCCUGCCGCGAUUUGAAAGGCAGACGGAGAGAGAGAGAGCAGAGAAGCAAACAAACAAGUGAAGAAGCGAAAAAAAUUAUGUUGCCGCCAAGACUCCCAGCGGAGUUGGUGCUGGACCAGGAUGAGGAGGAGAUGCACACAAUGUUUCACAAGCGAAGGCGACGAAGGAGCAGCUGGCUGGAGGGUAGACCUGCCUGCCUCACCCUGCUCCUAAUGCUACUCUUAUAUACAGCAGCCGCGUGUACAGCUGCCUCACCCGCCACCACAGAAGUGUCUGCCCCAGAUGAUCCUCCUCCUCCUUCGUCUGCCAUUAGCUCCUCCUCCAGCAGCAGCUCACCCUGUGCCCCCCAGCACUGGUGGGACUCGCAACGUGACCGUUGCACGGCCUGCACUAGAUGCCAGGGUGAGAUGAUACCGCUGCGUCCCUGUCAGCUGCACACGGACACCAUUUGUGGUUCCAUCUAUGACCUCAAGAUCGAUUGGGUGGUCCUGGCCAAGACAGAACCCAACUGGAAGGAGCGUCGAAAGUCCUCGGAGUACGAGCACUUUGAUCAAAACGCUGCUCCUUUGCAGCAUUUGAGCCACGAGCAACUGCAGCAGCUGCAUGAGGAGGCCACGGCGGCCGCCGCCUGGGCUUUGGACUGGCAGACCGGUGUCCUCUAUGUGGCAGUGCUUACCUGCCUGGUCUUUUUCUCUGUGGCCGCCUGCAUACUCAUCCAUCACAUGCGCCAGUGGCGCCGCAUGGAGCGACGCCUGGAUCAGGAUGUGGAGGAGCUGUCCACCAAGCUGAUGGCCAAACUGGCCGAGGUCCAGAGUCUGGAUGGCGGCACGUUCUUCAUUGGCAAUGCGGACGCCUUGCGGGGACUCCCCAGCUCGGCCAUGGUGACGGCCACCUCGGCGUCAGUUGCCGCCUCACAUGCAGCGGCGGCGGCAGCGGCAGCGGCGUCCCAGUCGGGAAUCUUUCAGCCGCAACACGUGCUGCUGCCGGAGAAGCGCAGUGGCAAGCACCAGGAGCGACGUGUCCUGAAGGCGCUUCAGCCGGGCAACGUGUACAUCGAGGAGAGCAAUGUGCCACCUGGUGGCUUUGGGCAUGGCCCGGGCAUGGGUCUACGCGGGCACAAGAACUAGGCUACGCGGAGAGAAACAGAGAGAGAGCAUACUUAAGGACUAAGGAUUAAGUGAAACGAUAUUUAAAGAAAUAUAUAUAUGAAAUAUGAAAAACUUUGUACAAACAGCCGCUUAAAAGGGGGAUCGAAACUAUUAUUAUUUUUACACAACUAAAUAUAUAUAUAUAUUAUAUAUAAAAUAUAUAUAUAUGAUAUACCUAUAUUAUAUUAUUAAUCUUAUUCUAAUUAUAACGACUUUUUUUUUUUUUUUUUUGAAUCGUUAUGUUGACUUGUUUGUAGCUUUGGGGCGGCAGGAGGUUUUGUACAUAGAAAGAGGAUUAAAUACGACUAUAAUUAUUAAUAUUAAUAUAUAUAAUUAAAAAAUUUUUCUACUUAAUGUAAAUACUAAGGCGAACCCACGAACGAUAAUGGAAUGAAGCCAAAGCCAGGCAAUAUCGGCAGCAUAUCAGCUACUAUAUACACGGGGACCUUAUACAGAGUCCCCAAUUCAAGUUAAAACCAUAUCCAAGAAAAUCGAUUUAACUGUAACUAGAAUGCUAGAGGAACCCUACUUAUAAUAACGAUUAAUUAAUUAUUAAUUAACUGUAAUGUUAGGGCAACAAAUGUUUAUGUUCUAAGUGCUACAACUAUCAUCAAUCACUGUGUGUGUGCAAAUGAGAAUAAAAAUGUUCUAUGACUACCAGAAAAA